GCAAGACCGACCGACAAAUAAACAAAAAUUCGGCUCGCGACUCGGUUCGGUUCGCGGAUGGUUGACAGAAGAAAAUGCAGAAAAAUCAGAAAAGAGGCGAAAUAAAGGAAAACAUAUAAUCGAGCGGAAACAGUUGUGGCCCGGUGGAGGUGGCAAAGGCGAAAAUGCGACAAGGCAACAAUUAUACGUGGACCGUGCAGCAAAACUAUAACUUUUAAUAGUUUUCCGGAUCCAAACCACAGCCGCAGCAACCACAACAAGAUUUAAGUUGAUUAAAUUAACCUGGAAAAUGCAAUCAAGCGAAAGGGAAAGAGAAAGCAACAUAAAUCUGCUGGGUUAUAGGGCAUGCGAUAGCUCAAAGAUGUCAUGGAAAUGGAGCGAUUUCUGCUAGGCCUUCCGUUUUUCCUGUCUAGUGAAAAGUGUGCGCAGGAAAAUUGCUGACAAUUCACUAAAACCAAAAAAAUUCGUAAGAGGUAGCGUGCGGUGCGGAGGCGUUCGUUUCGGGAAAAUUCAAUACAAAAACGCGGAAAGCAAAAGAAAAACAAAAACUGCAAAAAUAUAAAGAAAAAGUAGUGACACACAGAGAGCGAGAGACAGAGAGAGGGCCAAGAAAUAUCUGUCGAAAGAAAGCAAAGACAGCUGUGCUUCGUUUACCUGUAAACAGUUCAUGUGUGUGCGUGCAUGUUCGUCUUCGUGUGUGUGUGAGAGCAGAAGAUCAAAGUGAAAUUGAGAGAAACAACAGAAGAGCACCGCAGCAGCAAAGCUACAACAAUAGGAGGCUGCAGCCUCUCCAUCUCUUCACUGUUUGUCCCUUCUUCGAGGACCUCCUGACUUCCUCUCUUUCCCUCCUUCGAGGAUCCUCUCUGCCUGCCGACACUGCUAGUGUGAUAGAGUGUGGACUCUUUUCUUCCUGCGAGGAUCCCCUGCCGACAAGCAUUAUAAUGCGUACAACAGCAUCCCUACAAACGAAAACGACUACUUCCAAAGGCCGGCUUUUAAGCAACAAAUAUAAAAACCAACACUAGUCAACAUAAAAUAACACCAAACAACUCGACCACAAAAAAGAGAAAAACAUAUCCGUCAAAAACACACAAAAAAAAACAACUAAAUUCUAAGUAAAAUAGAAAGAAAUCCAACUUCAUUUUAAGUAAAAUCAAUUAAAAAAUGGAUUGGAUAAUCAACGAUGAAAUGGGCCUUACGGUCGGUCAUGUGGUGGGCUGGGCUGCCGCAUCAGCGAUGGUCAUUGGCGGCGUUAUACCGUAUGUUCCGCAGUACAUAGAGAUCAAGAAGACACAGGACGCGGAGGGCUUCUCAUUGUACGUCUGCCUGGCCCUGCUGAUAGCCAAUUCUCUGAGAAUACUAUUUUGGUUCUCCAGCCGCUACGAGAUUCCAUUGCUGGUGCAGAGCGUUGUCAUGAAUGUCACCAUGUUCCUAAUGAUCCAUCUGUGCGUGAAGGUGAAGCGAGUCGGUGCCAAUAACCGGGAGCAUGCACUGCGAGGUGAUGAACUGCAUUUGCCCAAAGUGAUGACAGAUGCGGAUGCCAGCGUCAGUGCAUCGACCAGUGCGGGUGGCGGCCUCAAGCGAGCCCGUUCCAGGCAUUAUUUCAACGAUUUAGAUUUGAAAUUCUUUUGGAACUGGACAGACUUUCAAUCGUAUCUGGACUUUAUGCUGUUCGUGUGGGCUGUGGGCGCCCUCGUUACAUUUGUAAUGCUCUCCGUGCACUGGUUUAUGGAGUCCAUGGGCUUUGUGGCCGUCUUUACAGAGGCCAUGUUGGGAGCGCCGCAAUUUCUGCGCAACUUUAAGAAUAAAUCAACAUAUGGAAUGAGCAUACACAUGGUGAUCAUGUGGACGCUCGGUGAUAUGUUUAAGACUGGUUAUUUUAUUGUUAGGAAAGCACCAUCGCAAUUCUGGAUCUGUGGCAUGCUGCAGGUCAGCUUGGAUAUAGCCAUAUUGUCACAGGUCUGGUUCUAUCGCAACAAUUCCAAGCCGCGCGACUUGCGACGCGGCGAUUAGCAGUUUGCCCCCGAAGAACAACCACAGCACCACGACCUGCACAUAUCCCAAUCGGAGGAGCAUCAGCUCUCCCUGCCCGUCACCCUCAGUAGCAGCGGUGACGAUCACCUACUCACCGCCCGGGCCGAUGACGAGCACUUCAAGGUGCUCGACUUUGGCCAGUGUCACGAUAAUCGUGCCUUCCAAUAUCACCACAACAACAACAAGCUGCUGCCACGACCCGGCGGCAGUGGCAAGAGCAAGGACGAAAGCAGCAUGGCCGCCGCACUGGAGGUGGUCAUUGUGCAUUCACCCAAUGCCGGCAAGGAUGUCCGUGUGAUUGGCGGCCACGAGCCGAGUCUGCACAGCAGCUGUUGUCGUCACGGCCAUGCGGCCAGGAAGCGUCACAAUGCCACACAGACGACCGGCACUGCCGAAGCAACGACCACCAGCACAGCGCAGGCCGGGCAGCUGGAUGGCAGCUGUUGUUGUGUCAUUACCACGCACCAUCACCACUGCCACUGCAGCAGCCAUCGUCACCGGAAUCAUCAUCAUCACAACAGCCAUAGCCACAGCCACAGCCAUCGUAGCCAUCAUUGUCAGCCACAUCAUCACUCGCAUCAUCAUCACAAUCACGCAUCAAAGCGACGGGCACUGCUCCGUCAGCCACGACACCGUCACCAUCAUCAGCAGCACCAGCAGAACCAGCAGCAGCAGCAGCAGCUGCAGAAUCAUCGACAGUCCGCCAGUAAGCACAGUCCGCGCUUAGGGAAUCAAUCCAAGCUUCCACACAAUAACAAGUCUUCCCUGGACUCCAGCGAGGAGGUGUUGCAUCAUCAGGAAAUUGCCAUUGAGAUUGAUGCCGCCACCAUGACCGAAGGCGAUGAGGAUGAGGAGGAGAACAACAGCAGCACAGCCACCUCUAAUUUCCCCUACAAGGUAGCCAGCGAGGGUGUGAUUCCCAUUAUAAUGGCUCCGCUGCGAGAGCAGACGCGCCGUCGUCGAGGGUCUCUGAACUCCAAUACCACCAUCGAGACCGAUGAACUCUCCCACGAUGAGAAUGAUGACGACGACGAUGACGACGAUGAUGAUGAUGUUAGGAUAGGUCAAGAGCAGCUGCCCGAAGAUGAGGCACCGAUGCAGCCAGCAGUAAACACGGCCAGCUCCAGCAGCACCACCAGAGCGGCUGCUGUUUCGGCGCCCGCCCGCAACGAGUGUGUGCGAAUCAAGAGGAAACGCUUUAUUCCCGACGCUGGAGCGGAUUGCUGCAGCAGCUGCUCCAGCUGUAGCUGCAAUCGCGGACAGUCGAGCUCCUGCAGCAGUCUUGAGGACGAUAUGAAUGCCCACGAGCUGACCGUCGCCGUGGAGUGCCAUCAGUGCAACCAGCAGUCGCAGGUAGUCGCAAGCAGGCGUUGCAGCUUCUGCUCUUGCCACACUACCAGCUGCUGCUGCGGCUCCUGCUCCCAGGAGGAGGAGGAGGUCUAUGCCGGCGAUGACGAUGAUGAUGACGACGAUGACGAGACCACUGGCCAGAGGGAGAGCUUCUGCACGGCUGCGGAUCACACCAUUAUGAGCACUCCCACCCACGAUGGCGAGGAGCCGCACAGCAGCACCCUAACGCCGCUGAGCACGCAAAGAUCCUCCCUGCUGGAUCUGGCCGAGCACACGAUGCGCAGUGAUGGUGCGCCCGGUACACAGACAGAUGCGGAUGCCUCCUCGCUCAGCCAGUCGGCCGAAUACUUCUCCCUUUCCUCCAAUGCGGGUCCACUCCAAAGUCUGUCCAAGGAGGCGGACGAGAAGGUGCAGCAGGAGUCACCAGAGCCGCAGCCGCAGCCGCAGCUGCAGCCACCGCCACCGCCGUCAGGGUGCAAGCACUCGCGAAAGCAUAGUCGAGGCCGCCAGAAACGCAGCUCCUCGCCGCUGGACAGCCAUUUAUGACGAAGUGUUUCGCUGGUCGCCUGGCCAGCCAUCGAUGUGAAUGCGUUGCUACAGCAGACGAUACGCAAGUCCGCCGUGCUGCAGGAGACGCCCGUUCGAAGGAAGCCGCCCACAGCCACUGUCCAGGGGAAGCAGCUGCCACUGGCAGCGAUAGCCAUAGCCCCUGGCAGCAAUGACAGCUCCACAGCCACGCUGACGCCCAGCAUCAUUACAAUUCAGUCAAAGUAUUCCGGAUCGGGACAGGGAUCCGCAUCGGGACUGGUGACCAGCAUUUGUGGCAGCAAUGGGUGCAGCACGACCACCUACACCACCAUUUCGGCGGGCGGUGGCUCCUCCAAGCGCAAGUACUCUCCAGUGCCGGUCACAGAUGCCUUCCAGUGCGAUCCCCUGCAGCGGAGCUCGACCGAAAUCAUCUUAUAACUCAUACAUACCUCUAAACACCUCCCUCCCCCUGUAUGCUACAAAACUGUUCUACAGCACAGUACCGCUGUAUAACAGUUAGAUGUGGGCGGUCAGGGUCCAGGUCAGGGCAAAUCAUUUACUAGGGAUUCAUGUGCAAAAAACAAACAAAACCAAUUUCGUGGAUAUAUUCGUUCCCAAAAUGCUGUACAAUUUGUUGUUAUUUCGGGGGUGCCCCAACACUGAUGCAAAAAUCAAUUUACAAUUAAAUUAUUUCAUUAAGUAUCCAA